AUGUCGAGUGAAGAAUACAGCAACAGAGUAUUAAAGCAGAGCAAUUGGAAUGAACUCGUUGAUAUUAUAUACGAUGAUUGGCAAAACUUAGAAGAAAACACUAAACAAAAAAGAAUAAAAGACCUACAAAAAAAAUGGAAGGGUUUGCGCGACUAUCACACCAGAGAAAAAAAUAAGGAUUCCUCAGUCAAAAGCGGAAGUGGGGCAACAAAAAAACGCAAGACACCAUACUUGGACAUGUUACACUUUUUAAAUGUUUCUAGAGCUAGCAACCAGACAUCUGGCAAUAUUAGCGCCGAGACGUCUAGCGACAGUAGCGCUAUUUUAGAUGAAAAUGAUUCUACUGACUCGGUAGUUAAUGUCAGUAGACCAAAAAAGAUGACUGUGUUUCAAGAAGCACUAAUUAACUCGAUGGAAAAAAAGAGAAAACGAUCCAGAUAUGAACUUUCUACUAAAUAUUUUACCGGAAAUGAAGACAAUGUCCCCAACACAGAAUUUUGA